AUGGGGCACGUCGACGGAUUAUCGAGGCUGCACGCGAGGCAGCAGGGCAAGGGCAAGGCGAAACGCGGUGCCAACAACCCGACCACCGAGCAAGUGCUGAAGUGCAUGCAGGACUUGGGCAGCUCGGCGCUGCGAACCGGGGCGCUGAGCAAGGAAGACUGCUACGCGGUCGGCAUGAAGUUUGUCUGCGAUCCCCGUGUCGUCAAGGACCGCUUCGACAAGCGAGGCUUGCCGCGCAAGAAGAGGGGCCGUCCGUGCCCCAACAUCAGCGAACUAGCGGACAAGUACACCGAGGCUGCGUUCUCGGAGAUCGCUCACAUGGUGGGCAUGAAACCCCGCACGUACCGCCGAUACCACGGCGAGGUCAAGCUGGAGCUGGCGCGACGUGCCCGUCAAAGGCCAAUGGGGACGCACGGUCCGCUACUCAAGCUUCUGAUGCAGCUUAGUGAUAGCACGACCGACUCCAUGUUUGUCUCGGCUUUCUGCUUCAGCCACAUGGAGGUGGUCGCCUAG